AUGAAAAUAUGCAUGAAAAGGAAUAUGGAAAGUAUUAAUAAAAUAGACUUAGAUAUAGCUUUAGAAAAGUUUUCAUUUAAUUCUCGCAACACACCAAACGCGACAACCAACAAGAUACCAAGCGAGGUGAUGUUCAACAGAACCAUAAGAACCACAUGGGAUUUAAUCAAACUGCAAGAAGAUAAAGUGAACGAAUUUAAUCGCAAUUUAUCGUCAAAUAGAAACAUCAUGAAUGAUGACAAAGUAUGGUAUAAAACCUUCAAGGGUAAUAUGUGGGACAAAGACACGAUAAAACGUAAACAUGGGAAUUUAACAUUUGAAGUUGAAACAGGAGACAAAAUUAUUAGAAGACAUUUAGACCAAAUUAAAAAAAGGUCUACGAGUAGCGCACCUCUUGAUGAAACGACUCAUGUGAAAACAAAUGCAAUACUUUAUACUGUAAGUUUUAGAAGAAAUGAUGAUCCAAAUUUAGGAGUACAAGAACAGAAUUUUAAAAAUCAAUCAGCUGUUAAAUCGCGAUCGCAAUCGCGCCACGAAUUCAAGGUUAAACGAAAUGGUGAGAUAGGAAGUAGAUUAAAUAGUAUUAAUGAUAAACCAGAUAUUGAUAAUAUAAGUUAUAUGAUUCACGAUAUAAAGUCUGAUAAAGAUAAAAACUUUAACAAUAGAAAUAGAAAUGACAAUAAUAAUUAUUUUAGACUUGAUAAUAAUUUUAGAAAUUAUUAUGAUAAUAGAGAUAAUAAUUAUAAUAGUAAUAGAAAUAGGAAUUACGACAAUAAUUAUAUUUUUAGAUAUUAUGAUAGGAAUAACGGUAAUAAUAAUUCUAGAUACCACGAUAAUUAUAAUAACUAUAACUAUAACAACUAUCGCUACAGCAAUAAUAAUCAAUCUAAUUAUGGUAGAAAUGAUACGUGGCAUGAACCAAAAAAAAACGGAUCUAAUAACGGAAAUUGUAAUAAUUACCAAUCCUAUAACAACAAUUCAAAUAAUUAUAGAGGUAGUGACAACAGUCAGAGAAAGCAAAUACAAUAUAACAACAAUUCAAAUAAUUAUAGAGGUAGCGACAACAGUCAGAGAAAGCAAAUACAAUAUAACAACAAUGAUCAUAAUAUGAAUAUUGAACAAAUUAUUGAAGAGAAAGUCGACUCUACAAAGAACAAAGAUGAUAACGAUUUUAAUAUUAACAACUUAUCUGGAGACAUGCUUAAUGUUAAAGAUAAGGCAUUUAUUACUACUUUAAAAGUGAACGAUGUUAUUACAACUAUGCAAGUCGACACAGGAUCCAAACAUACCAUCAUACCUCAUGGUUUGGCUGAAAAACUUGGUAUUAGAAAUGUUAAAAAAUCCGAGUUACAACUAACCGCUUAUGACGGAAAUUUAAUUAAAAUCAUUAACAUUACACAAGUUAAAGUGACUUAUGAAGGUAUCUCAAAAUAUCUACAAGCGGCAGUCGUUGAGUCUAUGAAAAAUGCCUUGUUGGGAUGUACAUGGAUCAAUGCUUUCAAAAAUAUUUUAAAUAAAUUUAUAGCAAAUAUUGACACAAAUUAUGAAGAAUUGAUUAAAGUGUGCGAAUGCAAAUUGACUAACGGGCCAAUCAACAAAGCAAGUGUCAAGUUACAUUUAAAAAAAGAUGCCCAACCUAAAAUUAUACCACCUAGAGGUAUUCCUUAUUCAAAAAUUGAUCUUGUGAGCAAUGAACUUAAAAAAUGGAUACAUGAUAAUAUUAUUGAGCCGGGAUAUUACCGAUUUACUAGACUUCCUUUUGGGCUUAAGACCUCAUCUGCAAUCUUCCAACAGAUCAUGGACCAAAUCUCCGGUGAUAUGGAAGACGUCAUAUUUUAUAUUGAUGAUUUACUUAUAACUGGGAUAAACGAUGAAACCCUCCUAAAUAACAUAAAAAAAGUGCUUGAUAGAAUAUCAUCGUUUGGGCUAGUACCUAACUUCAACAAAAGAAUAGCCACUGACGCAUCUAAAUGUGGUUUAGGAGCUGUAUUAUUUCAUACUGAAAAAUUCGGCAAAGGAAAACCAAUAGCUUUCGCGGAACUUUAUUAA